UUUGGUAGUUUGGUCCAAUUUGGUCAAAACACAGGUCAAAAUCAAACCAUGGAGCUUGGAAAGUUCCAUGAUCCAAAGGCUUGACAAGACAUUAGAUUAGACCUCUGCAUUAGACAACGGUUACCUUUAUAAUUUAUACUCUUUGACAACGGUAACAGCAAAUGAAUGAAACAACAAUUCAUUGAGAUCUUUAUAAAAUGUUUAUGGCCACUUCUCUGAUUUACGUUAUCAGACCUUUUUAAUUUCAUCAUAAACUUGAUAUGAUAUAUUAUAAAGUUAUAAACACAAGAACAAAACCGGUUAACAUUAUUAAUAGGUUUUUCCCAUUUAAAUAUUUCCUGACCGUGACGACUUCGCUCAGUCACUCGCGAGUCGCGACAUUGCGCAUGGCUUAAUGGUCAGUCAGUCUCAUUUGUGUGGCCUAUAAAAUGAGUGCUGAGUAACGCAAACUAAGAACUUUUUAAAAACGUUAUAAAAUAAAAAUAAAAUUUUUUGUCUCGAAAAUAUCAAAAUGCGUUAUCAGAUAACAGUGCUGUGUUUAUAUUUACUAACUUUGUGCGAUAGUCAGAAGCAAAUUGUACCAUUACAUGAAACGCUGCACCAUGGUUUGACGGAAAGAAUAGGAAAUUUUUCCUUGGAAUUACUUUAUCAUACAGCGCAGUCACAGCCAAAAGGUACAAAUUUAAUUAUUUCACCGAUUACCGUGUGGACGGUUUUAGCUGUUAUUGCUGAAGGAGCAAGUGAGAAGACCCUUACACAAAUAAAUCGGUCGAUCCGAAUAACAGCUAAAACGAGAGCUACGAUCAGGAAAGACUAUCAAAACAUCAUUGAAUGGCUCAAAGUGAACACAACCACUGUGGAAUUACAAAAGUUUAAUGCUCUCUUUGUCGAGGAACUUAGUUACCCUUUAAUCGACUUCCAGAAGGCAGCGAAAGAGUAUGAUACAAGAAUGAUAGCUGUUAACUUCACUGAGCCAGAAAAAACAUCUAAAUUAAUUAAUACUCUUAUAUCGACUGUGACACACAAUCGCAUACCUGAAAUCAUAGACAGUAGUGCCGUAGAAAAUUCAAAUUUAGUUUUACUAAGUGCAAUGUAUUUUAAAGGACAGUGGACAGUACCUUUUAAAGCAUCUCUGACGAAACAAGAACCAUUCUUCGAUAGUAACGGAAAUAGACUGGGUUACGUCAACAUGAUGUACAACCGCUUUACUUAUCCAUUUGCAAAUAUAGAAGCUUUACAAGCACGAGUGCUCGAGAUCCCUUACGGGCAAUAUAACCGUUUAUCAUUGCUUGUAAUGUUACCACAUCCAGGGGUCACUUUGAAUCAAAUGUUUUAUAACUUAGGAAAUAUUUCAUUAGACACUGUGUUUAAUGAGUUAAAAAUUUCGAAAGAGGAUUACGGUGAUGACGAAGUAGAUUGUUAUCUACCACGUUUUAAAAUACAAACAAACCUUAGUUUGAAGGAUUCUUUAAUGAAAAUGGGCAUUAGUGAUUUGUUUGACCCGAGAAAAGCGAGACUGCCUCACAUGACGCGGUUUCCCGUGUAUGUGUCUAGAAUAAUACACAAGGCAGAGAUAGAGGUGACGGAGGAGGGAACAACAGCAUCAGCAGUCACUAGUUCGGAGUUUGCAAAUCGUAUUAGCACUAUGAAAUUUGAAGUUAAUAGGCCUUUCUGUUACUUGAUUAUAGAAAAAGUUACUAACACAGUAGCAUUCGGUGGCUUCUAUAAUACUCCGUCACUAUUCUAAACAAAAUUAUAGAGAUAUUAUUGAUUGUUGAAUAUUUUUAAAACCUUAUAUUUUAUCUCUAAUGAAUGUAAAUAGUUUUGUAUAUCAAAUUAUUUUUUGAAUAUCAUUCAUAUCUGUACAAAUUGUUGUAAAAAAUGUGUAUUGUGUAAAUUGUCUGUUUGAAUUAUUUUAUUGACUUUGUAUGCUAUUGAAUCCGAAAAAAGUGUCUUAUUAAAACAUUUUUAUUCCAUCAAUAUGUAUAAGUAAUACUAUGGUAUCAACAGUAUAGCAAAAAGAUCUUAUGCACUAUUACAGAGUGCAUACUUUUGUUACAUUAAAUGUAUUACAAGUAGUAAAGAUAUUUGCUGUGAUGUACUAUUUAUAUUAUGAAUAUUUUACCAUACAUCAGGAGGAAAUUUCGAAAACUAGUCAACCCAACUAUUCCACAAUUCGUCCUACAAUAUUCGAAAGUAAACUACUUUGUAAAAAGGCUAUUUUUUAAAAUAUGGUCAAUCUUAAAAUUAUUUUAUAGUAAUUUACAUUAUAGUAGAUUUAGUUUAAAUGGAAUUAAAUUGGUUUCAAUGACUUAGUA